UUUUAAAUCAACAGUAUUCAACGAUUUCAUCAACGAACAAUUAGAAAUGCGCGCGUUUUGAAAAGGACCGUAAAGAAAUGUAAUCAAAUCAAUAAAUCUGAUCGUAAAUAUUGGAAAAACGUAAAUGGCUAGAUUCCCACGUUUGACAUAGUCUUUGAAUAUUCGUUUGGAAAUUUGGUGAUGAGUCCAUGGGAGUUCAGAUUGUUAAGGGCAAGUUGGGGUGCGUCUCAGAUCCGCCAUAGAUUCAGGGUUUGUCCUUCCGGUUUCUUUGGAGUCCGUGGGAGGUCAGAUUGUUAAAGGCAAGUUGGGGUGCGUCUCAGAUCCGCCAUAGAUUCAGGGCUUGUCCUUCCGGUUUCUUUGGAGUUAGGCCACGUGGGUUCUUAAUUAAUCAUGUUUAAGGGACUUAAACGCUCAUUAAUCAGUUUCCCAUCAUCUUAUACUUCGUCUCGGUCGAAAUCUGGUUUUUUCAGAAGUUUGCAAGCCAUGAGGACAAGAAAGAUUUUUGGGAUUUCUCUGUCUCUCUUUCUGAUCAAUUUGGCUGCUAUAAUGGAGCGUGCUGACGAAAAUCUUCUCCCAUCUGUUUACAAAGAAGUCAGUGAGGCUUUCAAUGCCGGGCCAUCUGACCUCGGCUAUCUGACAUUCAUUAGGAACUUUAUACAGGGAUUGGCAUCUCCCCUUGCAGGUGUACUUGUUAUUAACUAUGACCGCCCUUUGGUUCUUGCAAUGGGCACUUUUUGCUGGGCCUUGUCAACAGCUGCAGUGGGUGCAAGCCGGAUUUUCUCACAAGUUGCAUUCUGGAGGGCAGUGAAUGGCUUCGGAUUGGCAAUUGUUAUACCAGCACUUCAGUCAUUUAUUGCUGAUAGUUAUAAGGAUGGAGUGAGGGGGGCUGGGUUUGGGAUGGUAAGCCUCGUUGGUUCCUUGGGCGGCAUUGGAGGUGGUGUUCUGGCCACACUUAUGGCUGGCGAUCAAUACUGGAAUAUACCGGGAUGGCGAUGUGCUUUCAUUCUCAUGGCAUCACUAAGUUCUCUAAUCGGGUUCCUUGUUUUUGCUUUUGUGAUUGACCCGCGGACGAUAGUUUCUGAAUUGAGUUCUGAUAGGGAAGAUUUGAAAAUUAAGGGACCUGCAAGUGCAGCAUCAGUUUGGCUGGAGUCUUGGACAGCCAUGAAGGCAGUUGUUAAAGUGCGAACGUUUCAAAUAAUUGUUUUGCAGGGCAUUGUUGGCUCACUACCCUGGACUGCCAUGGUGUUCUUCACAAUGUGGUUCGAAUUAAUCGGUUUUGAUCACAACAGUACAGCAGCACUCCUUAGUCUUUUUGCUGUUGGUUGUGCCAUGGGGUCUCUUCUCGGUGGACUGAUAGCAGACCGAUUGUCACGAAUCUACCCUCACUCAGGCCGUAUCAUGUGUGCGCAGUUCAGCGCCUUCAUGGGCAUCCCCUUUUCGUGGUUCUUACUCAAAGUCAUCCCACAGUCAGUAGACAGCUAUUACACCUUUGCAGUCACCCUCUUGCUGAUGGGCCUGACUAUCAGCUGGUGCGCUACAGCUGCAAAUGGCCCUAUGUUUGCCGAGGUUGUCCCUGUCAAACACCGAACCAUGAUCUACGCCUUUGAUCGAGCUUUCGAAGGAUCAUUCUCUUCUUUUGCAGCACCCUUGGUCGGAAUCCUUUCAGAGAAGAUGUUUGGUUACGACGCAAAAUCAGUGGAUCCAAUUAAAGGGUCUACGCGGGAGGCCUUUGCCUUAUCUCAAGGGCUUCUUUCGAUGAUGGCAGUUCCGUUUGGUUUGUGUUGCUUGUUUUACACGCCCUUGCAUCUGUUUUUCAGAAAGGACCGCGAAAAUGCCAGGAACGCCAGUGUCAAAGAGGAAGAGAUGAGGGGAGAACUCAUUCUAUAGUUUGAAGGAGCAACCAAGCGCAUGAGACAACCAUUUAUUAGCCUCCCCAAGCCUUCAGCUGCAGUCCUGACCAGCUCGAGAAACCGCUUUGUGAACCGAUACUCUUUUACUUCCGACGCUCAAAGAUUUUCUGAUAGCCAAGUAAUUUUUUUUUGAGACUGACACAUUUGUAAGGCUGAUUAGGAGAUAACGAAUUGACACAUUGGUAAGGCUGAUUAGGAGAUAACGAAACCUUUUGGGUAUAUGCCUAGCCUAAGUAAUACAUCAUCGCAUUAAAACUUGUCGAGA